CUCAAACGGGUCAAUUAAAAUGAAUAAGAUGGAAUAUCUUUCAAUCUUCGGUUUUGUUUCAGUUUUGUAUUUGAUCAUUAGGGUUGAUGCUAGGGCUUAUGAAGUUAAUGGAAUCGACCAAAGCAAAGUAGGUUUCGAUGAUAACUACGUCGUUACGUGGGGACAAAAUAAUGUCUUGAAACUUAACCAAGGGAAAGAAGUUCAGCUUUCAUUGGAUCAUUCUUCAGGUUCUGGUUUUGAAUCUAAGAAUCAUUACGAAUCAGGAUUCUUCCAAAUAAGAAUCAAAGUGCCUCCAAAAGAUACCUCAGGCGUUGUCACCGCUUUCUAUUUGACUUCGAAGGGAAACACACAUGAUGAAGUUGAUUUUGAAUUCUUGGGAAACAAAGAAGGGAAACUAGCAGUGCAAACAAAUGUGUUUACUAAUGGUAAAGGCAAUAGAGAACAGAAGUUAGCUCUCUGGUUCGAUCCUUCUAAAGAUUUCCACACUUACGCAAUUCUGUGGAACCCGUAUCAAAUUGUGCUUUAUGUGGACAACAUUCCAGUACGGGUGUUCAAGAACACCACAAGCCAAGGCAUGAACUACCCAUCAAAACCUAUGCAAGUUGUGGUUAGCUUGUGGAACGGUGAAAACUGGGCGACAGACGGUGGUAAAAGCAAGAUUAAUUGGUCUUUGGCUCCCUUUAAGGCUAAUUUUCAAGGCUUUAACAACUCUGGUUGUUUCACCAAUGCUGAAAAGAAUGCUUGUGGUUCGUCAGCGUACUGGUGGAAUACUGGGAGUUAUAGUAAGCUAAGUGACUCCGAACAGAAAGCCUACACAAAUGUGAGACAAAAGUACAUGAAUUAUGAUUAUUGUUCUGAUAAGGUUAGAUUCCAUGUUCCUCCAAGUGAAUGUAAAUGGAACAACUGAUUUCAUAUCCAAAACCCUUUUAUCAUGAAGUCAAAUAAUUGAUUAAUAAAUACAAUUCUUUAUU